UCUCUAAAUGAUUUUAAUUUGAAGGCUCUUACAGGAUGUCUUUACGGUUAACUUGGUGUGAAUUGACUUGACACCGGUACUAAUCUCUGAUGGGCGAAACAUGAAGGAGCGGUGAAGAGGAAGAAGAAGAAAAGGAACUUGCUAGCGAGCUAGUGCUAUCUACAUUAGCAAUCUUAAUGUAUUAGUGUUUUCACAAUGGCGCCUUUAGACUUGGAUAAAUAUGUCGAAAUAGCAAGACACUGCAAAUAUCUACCAGAAAAUGAUCUUAAGAGAUUAUGUGAUUAUGUUUGUGAUUUACUGCUGGAGGAGUCGAAUGUGCAGCCAGUUUCUACUCCUGUUACUGUUUGUGGAGACAUUCAUGGACAGUUUUAUGACCUUUGUGAGCUCUUCAGAACUGGGGGUCAAGUUCCAGACACAAAUUACAUUUUCAUGGGAGACUUUGUAGACAGAGGAUAUUAUAGCUUGGAGACGUUUACACAUCUGCUCGCUUUAAAAGCAAAGUGGCCUGAUCGCAUCACACUUCUACGAGGAAACCAUGAAAGUAGACAAAUAACACAGGUGUAUGGCUUUUAUGAUGAGUGCCAAACAAAGUAUGGAAAUGCCAAUGCCUGGCGUUAUUGCACAAAAGUGUUUGACAUGCUAACCGUGGCAGCUUUGAUAGACGAGCAGGUCCUCUGUGUUCAUGGUGGCCUUUCACCUGACAUCAAGACUUUGGACCAGAUCCGCACUAUUGAACGCAACCAAGAGAUUCCUCACAAAGGGGCCUUCUGUGAUCUCGUGUGGUCGGAUCCAGAGGAUGUCGACACCUGGGCUAUUAGUCCUCGUGGUGCAGGUUGGCUUUUUGGCUCCAAGGUCACUAAUGAGUUUGUUCACAUCAACAAUCUGAAGCUCAUCUGUCGUGCACAUCAGCUGGUUCAUGAAGGCUACAAGUUCAUGUUUGAUGAGAAGCUGGUGACCGUGUGGUCAGCGCCAAACUACUGCUACCGCUGUGGUAACAUUGCCUCCAUCAUGGUCUUCAAAGAUGUGAACAGACGAGAGCCUAAGCUGUUCCGUGCAGUCCCCGACUCAGAGCGCGUCAUACCUCCUCGAACCACCACGCCCUAUUUCCUCUAACAAGAGCCACUUCUGCCCACCUCCUGGAGAUGUCAACUCUGAAAUUUAUUUAUAUGCAACAAAUUUUAAGAAUUUCAAAUACCUUUUCAGCUGUACAUCAUCUGGAGUACCAAGGCUACAGGCUGUUUCCGCCACACCUACAUAUGUACUGUCAUAAUGGUGAGAAAAAAAUCUUCCACGCCUACUGAGAGAAUCUUGCUUUUUUAACAAACUGAAAUGUUAAUUUUGGAGUAAGACAUUAUGUGGUGUUCUGAUACAUUGUAAACAUUUAAACUGCAUUUAUACCUCUUCAAAUAAAGUGAUUAUAUAUUUUUCUUUAGGUAGCAUUGUUGUAGUUGGGCAUUAAAAUGAAUUCUUGACCUCAGAAAAGUGUGACAACUAAAGAAACUUGACUUGAUAUCCAUUUACUUGCCUUUUUCAAAAGCUUUUAAUUGCAUCAACAGACUUCCUCAGCAGAGUUUGCUUGUUUGAGUUAUAACCGUGUCAUUUUGGCAAAUUGGUGAAAAGCUCCACACAAACAUUUGCUAGUGGACAUAGAGCUGUUUUUUUUAAAUUGGCAUGGUAAUCACUUUAGUUAUCUACCAAACUGACUUGCAAUAAUUCCCAUGCAGCAUUCUGCCGUAAAUACUGAUUUAAUUUGUAAGUAUCCUCUCUUGGUCAAUUCACAGUGUAUUUUGUUAUGCUGAACAUCCAUAAGUGUGCAUCCUAAACUACAUUUCUCUCUGUAUAUCUGAGUUGACAGUGUCAUGAAUUGUUGCUGUAACAGCUCUGUGUGCUCACAUGUUUCAAAGCAAUAUCGUUACAUUUUACAGUGUAAGUGAAUAUUGACUAGCUCUGCUCAGUAGUUGUUUAUAGCAGAGAACAAUUCAUCAAGAUGUUGUUUCUCUGUUUUGUAAUUUCAAUAAAAUGUUUCUUGUUUAGACA